AUUAAAAUAAGUAGGCGGCUCGGUGCUAAGGGAUGAGUGAGUCUGAGCUCGGUCUCUCCCCAGCACGUUCUCAGCCUUUGCCGGUUCAGACCCAACCCGGGAGCCGGGAGCCGCGAGCCGCGAGCCGCGAGCGGGACUCACCAUCCCCGGCGGCCGGAACUCCGCGGCCGCUGAGCGCUUCCCGCGCGUCGGGCACUCCGAGUCCCCGCAGCCGGAGAGGGGCCGGGACUCUGGAGCUCGGGGGGUGCCUGUGGGAUCCAGUGCCUCUGGCUUCCCGGGUCCCCCGCAGCGGGAGCCCCAGGGAGGCGCUGAGCCCGGGACCGCCGCGGACCAAGACCCAGAUUGAGAACCCACAGACAAGACCACAAUGGGCAGCAAAACCUUGCCCGCACCAGUGCCCAUCCACCCCUCCCUGCAGCUCACCAACUACUCCUUUCUCCAGGCGGUAAAUGGCCUGCCCACAGUGCCCUCGGACCACCUGCCCAACCUGUACGGUUUCAGCGCGCUGCACGCUGUGCACCUGCACCAGUGGACGCUGGGCUACCCGGCCAUGCACUUGCCGCGCUCCUCUUUUUCUAAAGUGCCAGGAGCCGUGUCCAACCUGGUGGACGCACGCUUCCAGCUGCCAGCCUUUCCCUGGUUCCCCCACGUCAUCCAGCCCAAGCCGGAGAUCACCGCUGGAGGCGGCGGCCCCGUGGCACUCAAGACCAAGCCCCGCUUUGAUUUUGCCAACCUGGCCUUGGCCGCCACGCAAGAAGAUCCGUCCAAGCUUGGCCGUGGGGAGGGUCCCGGCUCCCCCGCUGGUGGGCUGGGCGCCCUCCUGGAUGUGACCAAGCUGUCCCCAGAAAAGAAGCCCACAAGAGGACGCCUGCCCUCCAAGACCAAGAAGGAGUUUGUCUGCAAGUUCUGUGGUCGCCACUUCACCAAGUCCUACAACCUCCUUAUCCAUGAGCGGACACACACGGAUGAGCGGCCCUACACCUGUGACAUCUGCCACAAAGCCUUCCGGAGGCAAGACCACCUCAGAGACCACAGAUAUAUUCACUCCAAAGAAAAGCCUUUCAAGUGUCAAGAGUGCGGGAAGGGCUUCUGCCAGUCCAGGACUCUCGCUGUCCACAAGACGCUGCACUCACAGGUGAAGGAGCUCAAAACCUCCAAGAUCAAAUGCUAAACAGAGCCUCCUGCUCACCAGGGCGCUGGGGCCCGCCGCUGCCCCUGCCUCCAGAGGGACCAGAAGCCGGGAGGCGACUCUAGCAGACCUUCCCGGGCCCAAACCACGUCCCUUGGGUCCCGGCCGCUUGCAGAACUACGGAGCCCCGCCCGGGGGCCAUGACCGGCAGCCAGGGCGGCUCCCCCAGGACGCGGCUAAACUCUUGGCCAAAAAGGCGGUACUCACGUGGCGGAAGGGAAACUCCAUUUAAAAA